AUGUUCCAAUCUACAAUAAACGGGCACAUCUGGAAGAGGAAACCACCUCGAGUGGCGCAAAAUAGCAUGGGACUUCCCUAUGACAGGGGAGGAUUGGGCCUCCCCAUCAUAAGGGGUUAUUAUAGGGCUACAACAUUAGCCCAAAGCAUCCGAUUAUUACAACCAAAAAAUGCCGGCUUUCAACCAUUGUGGCUGGAAUUAGAAAACGCCUGCCUGCGGCCAUAUGACCUGACCCACUCUCUGUGGACACAUUCUUAUCCCCCGCCAACAACUAAACCCAAGCUACGUUGCACUGAAUUCCAAAUACGGUCCUGGGUGUCCUGGGGUAAACACAUAGUGGGAACAGCAACAUUACUUAGAUCUGCACCAGUGGAAACGCUGGGGGCUCUAUCAACCGACCUGUCACUGAAAACGUGGGCUGACAAAGGUAUAGCCCGGGUGGGAGAUCUAUGCGAAGGCUCAGAAAUCAUACCGUUCCCCACGCUUCAACAGAAAUACUCAUUAAGCACGAGGGACAUGUUCUUAUACCUAAGAGUGAAAAGCGUCCUUCUCACGGCAUUAAAUAGGGGGCUGGACCCGAAUCCCCAGGGGGCACUACAACCGCAACAAAUACUAUCACACACUAUGCUACGGCACCAUCCUCCAAGGCCCUAUUGCAGGGAAACUUUCCUAUAUGACCAAAUGGGAGGAGGAACUGGGAACUUCGAUUCCUUUAGCACAAUGGCAUGA